AUGGCGUUCUCCCAGGUUUCACCAUCUAAUCGAUCUAUCCAGCGCGGUUUCUCGAACUUGAGCGCCAAUCAAUUCAUCAAUUUGUAGCUCGUCUACGACGUAGGAAUUCAAUUAUGAAUUCAAUCAUGACGCUCCGCAGUAAAACCGGGGUGCAUGGCGCGGAGGGGGGGAGGGGGGCUCCGAGCCCCGAGCCCCGAGCUCCAAGCUCCAAGCUCCAAGCUCCAAGCUCCAAGCUCAACGGUGCGGGCUCGCGAGAAGAAAUGCCCAGUGGGCGGCAAGCGGCGGUUGAUUGCAGCCAAGCUGGGCAAUGGGCUGGCUUGCAGUGGGCGGGCACAGACGCACUAUUGCUUGACCAGUCCGAACUAGCGGGUGGCCAUUGGUCCCCCUUUUCCAGUCGGGUGAAGUUGCAGCCAUGCUAACCAAGGUAGAGAGACGGGAAGACAAAGGUUUUAUCUAUGAUUGUCGAAGUCAAAGUCAGAGUCAGAGUCAGAGUCAGGUGUUGAUCGAGUCUAGAUUGAUGAUCGUUAUCAUGGUGGUGGUGGUGGUAGUUAAUACUUAGUACUAGUAGAGAGGGCAGGCCGGAUAAGGG